AUGUUUAAGAAUGUGGCCCAGAGUAAGCCUCGUUUGUACCAAGGGGAAAUAGACCCAAGUGUACUUGAGAACUGGUUAAAAGAGUUCGAUAAGCUUAUAUUAGCUGUAAAUUGCCCAGAAGACCUUAGGGUCAAUAGUGUUGUGUAUUACCUUAGGGGAGAAGCUGAUCUUUGGUGGAAAAGGUGUGAGAAUGCUUUGAGAGCUACACCUGGAUUUGGAUGGGAAUUAUUCAAAGUUGCCUUAAGAAACAAGUUUUAUCCGCCAUACCUGAAAAAGCAGAAAGCCCAAGAGUUAAUCGAGCUAAGGAUGGAAGGGAUGUCUAUAACUGAAUAUUAUUCCAAGUUCAUAGAGCUGUCUAGGUUUGCACAUGAAGUGUUGGCAACAGAGGAGCUUAGAGCUCAGAUAUUUGAGAGUGGAUUAACUAUGGAUUUGCAAAUGAUGCUUGCUGGAGAGACCUUUACCUCUCUCAACACCCAGUACGGGAAAGCUGCCCAUCUGUAUGGUCUGCAGUAA